GGGAGGCAUGUUUUGUGUUCCCUUGGUUAGCGGAUCCGACCAGAGUGAGUUACAGGGCGCACACAGAGCGAGCUUCUCGAACAGAGUGAAAGGACAAGCACCAGGAAAACGUUUGGGAAGCAAGAACGCUAGGCAGAAGAUUUGCAGGAGUUUUUGCAGUGGCCAAGCCUUCUUUUGAAGUUGGAGUUUCCAUGGAAUUUCCAUGCCAGGAAGAGUGACGCGUUUCUUUUGGAGCCGUCGGUCGCUGUCUCGAGUUCUCUCGAUCGUAGCGCUGAUUGAUGAGGGGGGCCCAGACCAGAGAGACAGGAACUCGCAAGAACACGAUCUCUCUUCUCUUCUCUCUCUCUCUCUCGGGUUCUUACAGAGUAGCAGCGAAGCAAGCAAGCAAGCAAUUCGGUCCAGAUCAUGAUGGUGGCUGCUGGGGAAUUGGAAAGAUUGGAUUGAUGGCAAAAACAUUCAGACCACCUGGCCCGGAAUCUGGGGAACACAAAACAAAAAAUCUGAAUUUGCUGCUCUGAAUUGCAAAGAAAGAAGGGAAAAAAAGAAGAAGAAGGCUUUGAUUCUUCCAAUCAUCUCUUGUUUAGAUAUAUAAAGAGCGGGAGAGGGAGAGUCCCCUGUUUUUCCUUCCGAAAGGAUGAAUCUCUUUGACGAGAAUGCCGCCGCGAUGAUGGACAAUCUCCUGAUUUCUUCCAUCAAUUCGCCGGCCAGCGAUGCCUGGACCGUAGCUGCGCUGGAUUCGGCGUCGCCCACGUCCGGAUUUUGCCCGGAUUCCAUCAGCUAUUCCCUGUUUCAUCCCUCGGGAUUCCUGGCUGCAUCGGCGAAUUCCUCUCUCGAUCACCAGAAAGCUGGCAGUAGCGGGAAGCCGGGCUCCAAACGCAGCGGUAGCAGCUCCAAAUUCUCCACGGAUCCGCAGAGCGUGGCGGCGCGGAUGCGUCGCAAGCGCAUCAGCGAGCGAUUCAAGACGCUCCAGCGCCUGGUUCCCGGCGGCAGCAAGAUGGACACGGCGUCGAUGCUGGACGAAGCCAUCAGCUACGUCAAAUUCCUCAAGCACCAGAUCUGGCUCCACGAGAUCGCCAUUGCCAGCAGCACAACGAUCAAUAGCAAUAGCUGCAGCAGCGCCGAUAGUGGAUUUCUCUCGUCUCUCUCAUCCUCCUCUAGCAAGUUCGAUCAUGAGAGGCUCGCUGCUACCAGCGAUCCCCCCGCACAACUCUGGAAUGUAUAACAAAUGUUCUUUACUUUCAAAGAUCUUGCCGUACAUUCUCGUGAUCGUCCGUACUAUU